AUGGGAUUUGUUUAUUCUAAAUUUGCAAAGGGAGUUCAUGUUGAUGGACAUGAGUAUGGAGAUGUUGUUGAAUAUAGAAAGAAAUUUUUAGAAGUCAUUGAAAGAUUUAUCAUGUCACAAUAG